AGGCUAGCGUUGAGCUGCGGGGCGGCAGGUAGCGGAGCCGCGGCGCCGAGCUGAGCUGGUACCGUCAUGGAAGAAGGACGAGAGCGUGCAGAGGCCAGCUGCCGCCGAGCUUUCGCUGAAGCUCAGAGAUGGGUGGAGGCAGUUACUGAGAAGAAUUUUGGAACCCAGGAUUUUCGAGCAUCUCUAGAAAGCGGUAUCCUGUUGUGUGAUCUGAUUAACAAGAUCAAACCUGGCAUUAUUAAGAAGAUCAAUCUACUCUCUACCCCAAUUGCUGGCUUGGAUAAUAUAAAUGUUUUUCUGAAAGCCUGUGGACAGAUUGGAUUGAAGGAAGCUCAGCUUUUCCAUCCGGGGGAUCUGCAGGAUUUAUCAACUCGAGUUACUGUCAAGCAAGAAGAGACUGACAGAAGGGUGAAAAAUGUUUUGAUUACUUUAUACUGGUUGGGCAGGAAAGCACAAAACAGCCCGCAUUAUAAUGGUCCCUACCUUAACUUGAAAGCUUUUGAACACUUACUGGGACAAGCUCUGACUAAGGCCCUUGAAGACCCCAGCAGUUUGAAAAGAAGUGGCAGGGACAGUGGAUACGGUGACAUAUGGUACACUGAACGUGGAGAGCUUCUUACCUCUUCCAUCAACCAUAGACGAGAAGAUUCCUUUGAUAGUCUGGACUCCUUUGGAUCAAGAUCAUUUACAAGCUAUUCAUCAGAUAUAACUCUGAAAGGAAGCAGUGAAGGCUGUGAGAGUGACACAGAUUCUGAACUGACAUUCAAAAUGCAGGAUUCUAAUAAAGACGACAUGUCCUAUCGCCGGAUUGCUGCCGUAGAACCAAAAUCUGCUUUACCAUUCAAUCGAUUUUUGCCCAACAAAAGUCGACAGACAGGGUAUAUGCCAGCACCCUUGAGGAAGAAACGGCCAGACAAGAAUGAGGACAACAGAAGAAGCUGGGCGAGCCCUGUCUUCACUGAAGUGGACGGAACGUUUUCAAGUAACCAGAGGAAGAAUUUGGGCAGUAAAGUGAAAAACAGGCCAACGACUGAAGAACCUUUCAAUUCCUCCAGCUACUUUGAGGAAGAGGAGGUUGAAGGAGAGAAAGGAAAAAAAAAACCAACAGGAAUCCCAAAUAUCAUAAAGGAUGAUCUUUAUGUGCGCAAGCUAAAUCCAAUAGGGCCAAACUCGGGAAACACUUUUGAUAAGUUUCUUCCUAAAUGUUGGACCUCAGAAGACUUGAAUUGGAAACAUUUCAAAAAGGCAUCCUCUUAUAAACCAUGGUAUAAGGAGUUUCAGGGAUUCAGUCAGUUUUUAUUACUUCAGGCCCUGCAGACAUUUUCUGAUGAUGUCUUGUCUUCUGACACAAAGACCCGAGUUGACCCCACUUCAGGCCCAAGGCUCAUAAGCUGCAGAAAGAACCUCUCUUCCACAUCAGGACGCAAAUGCAACGACAAAGAGAACGGAGCACUGGAUCCUGAUUUGGAGAAUGAUGAUUUCUUUGUCAGGAAGACUGGGGCCUUCCAUGCAAAUCCAGUUGUUCUCCAAGCUUUUGAAGAUUUCAGGACCCUUUCUGAAAACGAUUGUUCCAUAGAGAGAGAUAUAGUGCUCCAACACAGAGAGGGUGAAGCUGUCCUCCCAGACUUAGAAAAGGAUGAUAUGAUUAUUCGCAGAAUUACAACCCAGAAGAAAGAGGUUCCUCUAUCUGGAGCUCCGGACAGAUACAAUCCAGUGCCUUUUCCAGAACCUUGGACUCUCCCACCAGAAAUUCAAGCCAAAUUCCUCUGUGUCCUGGAGAAGACGUGCCCAUCUGAAGAAAGAACUAGUCGCUGUCGAGUCUUCAUUCCUUCUUCUUUACAAAAGAAAGAUGAUAUGUUGACUCGGAAGAUCGAGGUUUGGAAACUGGGUACUACAGUUCCACCCAUCCGUUUCACUCCUGGCCUCUGUAGUGAGGAGGACUUAAAAAAAUGGGAAGCUAUUCGGCUGGCCAGCAAAGUUAGGCACAAGAAAAAGCAAUUAGUUGAGAGACUCUUUCAAAAGAUUUCUGAUGAAAAUGGGAGUAAAUCUAUGAGUGACGUCAAUGUAGAAGAGGUGCAGAACCUGCGCCAUUUGCGUUAUGAGGAGAUGCAAAGAUUAAAAUCCCAGCUACAAGAACAAGAUCAACAAUGGCAAGAUGACCUGGCAAAAUGGAAAAAUCGCAGAAAAAGUUAUACGUCAGAUCUGCAGAAGAAAAAGGACGAGAGAGAAGAAAUUGAGAAGCAAGUGCUUGAGAAGACUGAGAGAAACCCUAAAACAUUCAAAGAAAUGCAGCAAGAAAGGGAAACAAGAGGAGAAGAAUCCAACCGUGAGAGGCAGAGAAGACUCGAGUACGGGAGAAUGUACUCUUCUAAUGAUGACAUUUUUGCUGAAGAAACUCCGUUCCCUGCACAAGUCGGGACGAGAGAAGUCAGUGAGAGAAAGGAGAUGGAAGCCACUCUUCCUGCAGAAAGUGGUAAAGAGGAGCCUUCAGUCUUUUCCAAGAUGGAGAACUCUGCAACAGCUGAAUUUCAGCUUCCUUCCCAAAGCCUGUCAGGAGAGCGGAGUUCAGCCUCUUUGUCUUCUCUCCAUUCACUGAAUACGCAAAUGGGAUCAGCUAGAGUUUCAGCUUCUCUUCCUAGAGGUUACCAGAAAACCGAUACAUCCAGGUUAACGUCUGUGGUUACCCCAAGACCUUUUGGUUCCCAGUCGAGAGGAAUCUCAUCGCUGCCCAGAUCCUAUACGAUGGAUGAUGCCUGGAAGUAUAAUGGAAAUUCAGAAAGAACCAAGAGUUCUCAAAGUAGUUCAGCCAAUAUAUCUUCAAAACCAACCUCAGACCCAUUUCUCUCCAGCUUGACUACAAAAAGUGAUGAGGAGGAGGGAACAAAAGAUCAAGAGAAUAGAAUGCCAUCUCCUCCACCUUCUGUCACUUCCAUUUCCCAAGACCAGACUAGAGAAUAUUCUUUUGCUUCACCAGAGUUGACUUGUCUCCUUGACCCCGUCAAAGCUUCUCUCUCUUCAGAAAUGAGAAGCAUUUCCCAGCCAGAGGACUUGAAAUCACAGGAUCAGUACAGUGAUAUGAGAAUCAACAUACACCGGAAACCUGGGAAUAAUACUGACUUUGGAUUUACAGUCAAAUGGGAACUUACUGGAACCUUUGUAGCAUCAGUUGAACCAGGUAGCCCAGCAGAUUUAUCUCAGCUGCAAGUAAAUGAUGAAAUUGUUGCUAUUAACAAUAACAAGUUUUCACAAAAAGACACAAAUAAAUGGGAAGAUAUUAUGGCUAGUGCCCAAGAAACUGGAAACCUGGUCAUGGAUAUCAGACGAUACGGGAAGAAUGACUGGGGAAAAGACCAACCUUCCUUACCAUUUGUUCGGCAUAAAACCCUCAAUCUCACCAGUAUGGGUACCAAAAUUAUAGGUUCACCUGAAACUAAAUGGAUUGAUGCAACUUCUGGAACUUUCAGUUCAGACAAGACUUCGAGUAUAUCAGUCAAAUGCGAUUUCUCCGAAAAUCUUCCAACUUCUAAUGCUGAAACAAAAGAAAUGAACGGAUUAUUUGGUGAAAGCAGUUCUCUAGACUUAAAAGAAUCUGAACCUAUUUCUUUGAAAAACUUAAAAAGGCGAUCACAAUUUUUUGAACAAGGAGGCCCUGAUUCUACAGUGCCUGAUCUUCCAGUCCCAACCAUCAGCUCCUCAAAUCGGUGGGCCUGGGAUCAAGAGGAAGAAAGGAAGCGGCAGGAAAAAUGGCAGAAGGAACAGGAUCGUCUAUUGCAGGAAAAAUAUCAUCGGGAGCAGGAGAAGUUAAGGGAAGAAUGGCAACGAGCUCAGCAAGAGGCUGAAAAGGAGAGCUCCAAGUAUUUAAAUGAGGAGCAAUUGGUGCUGAAGUCACAUAAUAUCCCAGUAAUCAUGCAUGAGACUACUAUUUCCACCCUGAGAGAUGACUCUGGUUUCUCUGAGAGGGAGAAAACCAUAUGGGAGAAGGAACAGCAGCAGCUCCAUGAGGAAGAAAUGAAACGUUUGGAGGAAAAAAGGAAAGUAGAAGAGCAACUUCAGCUUGAGAAAGAAAGAAAACUAAAGGAGCAGCAGUAUCAGGAAGAACAGGAGCAGAAAUGGAAGGCAGAGGAGGUAGAGAAGAAAUGGCAGGCAGAGGCAGAACAGAAACCUUGGGUAGAGGAGAAAGAAACCUCAGUGCAGAUAUACCAGUAUAAAAGGCCUGUUGAUCCCUGGGAUGUCACCAAAGAAGAGGAGUCGUUGACAGGUUUACUUCCUAGUGACAGGAAUAAAUCUAGGUCCACAACAGAACUUGAUAAUGAUUACUCCACAAAUAGAAAUGGCACAUAUAAGAAACCAAUAGGUGGCCUUGCCCACUGGCUCCUGGAAGAUGAACUAAGGCGCAAGCAAGCCAUGAACUUUCAACCAAGGACAACAGCAGUGGAUCUGGAAGCUGAGAGAAAGCAAAUACUUAGUCAGAUGAAAUAUCCUGAUCCAGACAAAGGUAGCAAUAAACAUCUGAACCAGACUGGAAGCACCAGCUACACGCAGAAAGGCCCGCGGAAAGAACAUGCCACUUCAAAUGCCGAGAUGGAAAGACAGCAGAUCCUCCAAGAGAUGAGAAAGAAAACAUCACUCCACAAUGACAACAGCUGGAUCAGACAGCGUAGUUCCAGUGUAAACAAAGAGCCUGUUUAUCUGUCUGGCGUAAUGAGAAGAGGUGAAUCUUUGGACAACUUGGAUUCUUCUAAGUUGAAUUCAUGGCGGCAGUCUCCUUGGCAGACUCAGUCUACCACAAUCUAUUCUUCUUCAUCUGUGCAAGACUUCAGUCGGCCGCCGCCUCAGAUUGGGUCUACAUCGAACCGAGCCUCCAUGCGCAGCUUCCAGCCAUCGUUAACUGGAUCAUUAAGGUCCUCCACCUCCCAGCCCUUGACUCCUUCCCCAACUCCCCGCUCUCAUUCCCCGUCCUCAGCAACUCCAGGAGGAUCGCAGCAACGGAACAGGUCGGUCAGUGGGAAGAGAGUGUGUUCCUACUGUAAUAACAUUCUGGGCAAAGGAGCGGCCAUGAUCAUCGAGUCUCUGGGUCUUUGUUAUCAUUUACAUUGUUUCAAGUGUGUGGCCUGUGAGUGUGACCUCGGAGGUUCUUAUUCGGGAGCAGAAGUCAGGAUCCGAAACAACGAUUUGUUCUGCAACAACUGUUAUCUCCGAUUCAAAUCUGGACAACCAACUGCCAUGUGAAAAAGUAACGCUCCAUACAAAAGCGCUGUUGCAAAUUGAAGAAGAGGUGAUUCAUAUUGAUGUAGAUCUAUAAAUAUAUAUUGUUUGUUUUUUAAGUAAGUUUAUUUUGCCUGCCUUGAACUCAUACAAGCAUUAUAUUCUUGGUUAACUGUAUUUUUUUGGGUUAUUUAUGAAACUGUAAUCAUGUUUUGGGGGAAACCCGGUAUUACGUUUUUGAAUUCAGCAGGAUAUUAAAAGCAUAAAGAAAGACAAACACUUAUUAGUUAUAAUUUUGAAAAAUCUUUGAAGCUGGUAAUCCUUAAGAUUUAUUUUCCAAGGGGUAGGAAGGGAUUUGUUUAAGAAGAAGAAAAAAUAUUUUAAAGGAACACUAUUUGAGAUAGUUAAUAUAAAUGUGUAUUUGCAAUUGCUGCCUUAAUGUACGCUACAAGAUAAGUUAUGCACACCAAUAUGGGGAAAAACAUAUUAACAUCACACUAAUGUUUGCUUUCUAUAUUUUGGUUUUUUUUUCAACUAUGUAACAUGAUUUUUUUGAAAUGAAUAUUCAUGAUAUCCUACUUGCUAUAUGAGGGACUCUAUUUGCUGAGCACUAGAAUUGGUUUAAGCAGUUCAUUGGAGAGCACCUCUUCACUUCAUUAGAAAAACCUUAUUGUGGCUUGCACCCCAAAAAGUUUCAUGCAAACCUAGUGGAUUUCUUUUCUGUUAAAAUGUAUUUGUAAAUAAACUUGCUGAAGCAUUUAAAUCA